AUGACGGGAGUUGCCAAUAAUACUACGUAUUUUAAGGACACCACAGCAGUCAAUUCUGGAAAUAUUGAUACGGAGUUUGUGCCUCCAGAUUUUCAAGUGACGGCUAAGAACAUUAUCCUUGCCGUGGUUUUGAUUCUCAUGGACCUUGUGACGAUAUUCGGCAAUCUGCUUGUACUCCUAUCGUUCGCUUUUGAGAGACGUUUAUUACAACCAUUUAACCUCUACAUACUUAACCUAGCAGUAACAGACUUUUUUGUUGCCAUAACGGCAAUGACGUUUUAUACAUUAGAUACGCUGCUUGGAUACUGGCCGUUUGGACGCAUCAUGUGCGGUGUGUGGAUCUACUUUGACUUUGCGAUGACAUUUGCGUCUGUGUUUACGUUAGUCGCCAUCUCCGUAGACCGCUUCUGGUGCGUCACGUGGCCUAUCCAUUACAAGAAAUAUAACAACCGUUUCCGAACAGUCAUGAUACUAAUUUGUGUAUGGUUGUUCGUAGUUGCAAUAUGGACACCACCUUUUAUCGGCGACCGACUGCAACAUAAUGAGGACCAUUUCUGUAUUUGGGAGCCGUCGGACAACCGCGAGUUUGUCAUAUUUGUGGCGUUGAUAGGACAUUACAUUCCUUGCCUCAUGAUGAUGUUCUCCUAUAUGAAGGUUCUAUACGUUAUGCGAAGUCAAGCAUUAAAAGUCGCGGUCAAUACGGAUACCAGCCUUCAAAACGAAAGGGGCAUCGACAACUUUUCUGAUGGCCAACAGUCCAUUGAAGAUGAUGCAGUUCGUGGACGGAAGUCAAUAAUUGGACCGUCAGCCAUGACGUCAAUUGAAGAGAAACUGAAAGCGGACUGCAUAAUGACUGUAAGGGGACUGUUAGAGGUUGCCAAUGUCAGCAGCUGUUGA